GGGGGCAAAAGAGGACAACGGAGCUGAGCAGGGACUGGGAAACAAAGAGUUACGGAGCCGUGGAUGGGGAGUUGCACUGUCACGUAGCAACACUUCACGCUCCAGGAGCUCACCGUGCUUGGACCCAGGGGACAGAGGGGAAGAGCCUGCCCAUAUGGCCGAGCAGCCAGCCCCAGAGCUGGCCCCAUCCACCCAGGUGAUGACCAUGGAUGGCACCGAAGCCCCUCUACCCCGGACCACCCGCCGAGGCUCCAAUCCCACAGCCCCAGCACGGAGCACGGAGGAGGGCAAAGCGCCACAGCUGCUCUCCCGCCGCAGCUCCAUCCUCAGCACCCUCCCGGCACCCCUGGCCAGCCGCCGCAGCUCUCUGGGGGCAGCCCCGGGGGGCAAGCUCCCCUGGAUGCUCCACAGCCGCGUGAGCUUCUCGGGGCUCCCCCUUUUCCAGCCCAUCCCCGAGAUCCGCCUGGAAAACACCUACAGGAUGCGGCCAGAUGAAGGCUGCGGGUUCAAUGCAGGGCGGGUGCAGCGGGUGCUGGAGAGGGUCCUGGCAGGGGUCCUGGGGGGCACAUCCUACAGCCCCCAGGGCAGCGCCCCGCUGGUGCACAGCCUGGCCGAGCUGCUGCGGUGCCGGGCAAAAGAGGUGGUGCCGCCCCGCUACAAGCUGGUGUGCCACGUGCUGCUGGGCCAACACGGCCAGCAGAGCCUGCUGGUGGCCAGCCGGGCGCUCUGGGACCCCGAGAGCGACAGCUUCGCCUCAGCCACCUUCUCCAACGCCUCCCUCUUUGCCGUGGCCACGGUGCACGGGCUCUAUUUUGAGUAGCAGCUGCCUUCCCCCAGGCAGCCGUGGAGGGGGAGAGCAGGUGGAAAUAAAGG